AUGUGGAGAGACAAAGAUGGAGACAAAAAGGAUUCACGAGAUCGAAAUCGAGAUAAACUGAUGCUCAUCCGAGAUUCAUUAAAGCCAUUUGAACAACAUGGGGCUGAAGCUUCAACCUCCGGCUCAUAUCUAUCCUCAGCUGGUAUUAUGUCACAUAUUAAUCCAACUCAUUUAUCACAUGAACAACGCUCAAUGAUACUGUCGCUGGAACGACAAGGAUAUGAUACGGAUGCCGCUCUGUGUGCAUUGAAGCAAACAGGUUUUUGUAGUGUCGAGACUGCGCGUGAUUAUCUUAUAAAGCUCAAUGAAAAUCAUUCAUCUCAGGAAUCGCCCAUUCCAAUAGCUGACAGCACUGGAUUGCUGCAUGUACAUUCCAAUGGUGUCUUAACAAAUGGAAAUUUGCAUCUACCUGUUUAUGGAAAUCAUUUAGAUGAAAGUGGAUCUUCGAGGUCUACGUCACCUCAGCAACCACAUUCGCAAUCUCAUGCACAAUCUCAUGCACUUAUUUCACCUAGACGAAGUCGCCAAAUCACACCAGUAGAGAAAGAUUUCCAUCGUACUCAUAUCCACAUAUCAAGUAAUCCUUCAUUUGUUCCAUCGACUGCUAGUACAAGCAGAGCUAACUCUAAUGUGGGUGAUAGACCUAAGCCCACCAUAUACGUAGACAAAGCUGAUAGACCGAUUCCAUCUAGCAAACUCCAUCCAGCGUAUAGGGAUUAUGUAAUGAGAAGGCCUGACAACGGAAACAUCCAAUCAAACAUAGGGUCUUCCCAGAUAAUGCUAGGAGCUCCAAUUAACUCACCUCCAUUUCUGAACAAUCCUAUAAUUCGCACAACCUUUAAUCAACCUUUCAACAAUACUGUUAAUAUUAAUGUUCGUCCAAGCGUUAACAUUUCUGAAGGAAGAGUCUACAGGAUGGAUGUUAGCGGUAGAGAUGGAAGUGGUUUAUCAUCUGUUCAUGGUACAUCGAAUAUGAAAACAACCGGCAUACAGAAUAUCAUCGUUGAUCCCGAUCAAAAUAGAUCCUACAUUGGUUAUGAAGAUGAGCUCCGUCCAUCAACAUCAUAUGACCAGCCUAACCAAACCCCUUUAGCGUCUACCACAAGAAUAUCUACCGCUUAUCCACAGUCUUACCAUAUUUCAUCGCAAGGAACGUCUUCGCCUGUACGAGUUGUUCCGAUGCAGAACGUACCUAGAAUAUCACCGAAACCUAAAAACAUCGUCACGCCAAUCAGAUCAACAUCUCCGUUACCCCAUUCCAUAUCUAAAAGAGUGAUAGAAGGCAAAUAUGAAAUGACUAUAAAACCUUGCCAACCGCGUAUGUAUUGCUUCUUUAUGGAACAACAUGUAGAAAGAAUGAUUCAACAACAUCGCGAAAGAGAUAAGCGAACUUUCCAAUUACGCCGUGAAAUGGAAGCAGCAAAUCUGGCAGAGAAAAUGAAAAGCAAUAUGUUAGAAUUUCUACAGCAGAAAGAAUCAAAAUAUAUGCGCUUAAGAAGGCAAAAAAUGGAUGUAUCCAUGUUUGAUAUGAUUAGGCACAUUGGAGUUGGAGCUUUUGGUCGCGUAUCACUUGUUCGAAAGAAAGACACUGGUCAAGUGUACGCUAUGAAGAGUUUAUUGAAGAACGAUGUUAUUAUCAAGCAACAGGCUGCACAUGUGAAAGCUGAAAGAGAUAUUCUUGCUGAAGCUGAUUCACUCUGGAUCGUUAAAUUAUUCUUUUCUUUCCAAGAUGAUCGCUGUUUGUACUUCGUGAUGGAGUAUGUUCCUGGAGGUGAUAUGAUGCAGUUACUCAUUAACAAAGGCAUUUUCGAAGAGAAGCUAGCAAGGUUCUAUAUUGCGGAAUUAACGAAAGCCAUCGAAUAUGUUCACUCUUUGGGUUUCAUUCAUCGCGAUAUUAAGCCAGAUAACAUUCUUAUCGAUCAACAAGGGCAUGUCAAACUUACUGAUUUUGGGCUCUGCACUGGCUUGAGGUGGACACACGAUAAACGAUUAUAUGGACCUGAGAAUGAUACUACUCCAGGUGAUCAUACUCAUCAUCGACGCGACGACUCGUUUUCACUUCCACCAGAUGUAGCUGGCUUAGAAUCAAGAAUGAAGGUCUUGCAUGUUCGUCAUCAAAGAAAGAGAGACCAAGCUCAUUCAGUUGUUGGUACAGGAAACUACAUGGCUCCAGAGGUUUUAAUGAGAACAGGACAUACUCAGUUAUGCGAUUGGUGGUCCGUGGGUGUAAUCUUAUAUGAAAUGGUGUUCGGAAGACCUCCGUUCAUGUCGAUGAUUGAUGAUCCGAAGGAAACACAACAAAAGAUUAUCAACUGGAAGUAUUUUCUUGAUGUUUCACCUCGAGCCGGUGGUGGGCAUCUGUCUGGAGAAUGCAUAUCUAUAAUACAGGGAUUGUGCCAGGAUAAGAGAGAUCGUUUAGGUUCUAAGAAUGGUGCCAAACAAGUGAUGGAGCAUCCCUGGUUUAGGGGGAUCGACUUUGAAAACUUGCGAAACACAAAAGCAGAAUAUAUUCCUAGGGUUGAAUACCCCGAGGAUACUCAGAACUUCGAGCCGAUACAGAUCGAGGAAUCACCUUUCGAGACUCUGGGAAAACGUGCACCGAAUAAUCCUGCUUUCUAUGAAUUCACUUUCCGUCACUUCUUUGACACAGAUGGACAAGGAUGUCCCUCAUUACGUCCAACGCAGAAAAGGCCUGCUUUAACACCUUUAAUAGAAGCUGCUUCUCGUCACGAACCAAAUAGCAGCAAUGAAUCAAUGGCUACAUGA